UGCCUAUGCAGGACGCGUGCAGAAGAAGGGCAGUGGAUCCCUGCCAUGCAGCUACCCAAGGACGCCACCGGGCACGGCCCGCUGGCCUUAGUGUCCAUUAUCCUCCCGGUGCACAAUGCUGAACAGUGGUUGGACGAGUGCUUGGCAUCUGUUUUGCAGCAAGACUUUGAAGGUACCAUGGAGCUCUCUGUCUUUAAUGAUGCCAGCAAGGACAAGUCUAGAACCAUCAUUGAAAAAUGGAAGGUGAAACUGGAAGAUUCUGGCAUCUCUGUAGUCAUUGGAGGCCAUGACUCUCCUUCUCCCAGAGGAGUUGGAUAUUCUAAAAACCAAGCAAUCGCACAGAGCACAGGGUCUUACCUUUGCUUUUUGGAUUCAGAUGAUGUUAUGAUGCCCCAGAGAGUGAGGCUGCAACAUGAAGCUGCUGUUCAGCACCCAACGAGUAUCAUAGGGUGCCAAGUGAGGAGAGACCCCCCAGACUCUACAGAGCGAUACACACGUUGGAUCAACCAGUUGACAUCUGAUCAGCUGUUGACACAGGUGCUCACGUCACACGGCCCCACAGUGAUCAUGCCCACCUGGUUCGGCUCUCGGGCCUGGUUUUCGCAUGUGGGCCCAUUUGAUGAAGGUGGUCGGGGGGUACCAGAGGACCUGCUGUUCUUCUAUGAGCACCUUAGGAAAGGGGGUGGUGUGUUCCGGGUGGACCACAAACUGCUCCUCUACCGCUACCACCCGUGUGCCACCACACAUUCAGUCCUUGAGAUGACCAUCUGGACCCACCGCGUCCACUUCCUAGAGGAACAAAUCCUACCUCGUUGGAAGUCCUUCACCAUUUGGAAUGCAGGCAAGCAAGGGCGGAGGUUAUACCGCAGCCUGACUGCAGCCAGCCGGCGAAAGGUGGUGGCCUUCUGUGAUGUUGAUGAGAACAAGAUCAGGAAGGGCGUCUACUGCCAUGAGGACUCCCAGGAAAGACCCAAGCCGAAGGUCCCCAUCCUGCAUUUCCAAGCUGCCCAGUCACCCUUUGUCAUCUGUGUGAAGCUGGACCUCACAGGGGGUGCGUUUGAAGACAACCUGCAGUCACUGCACUUGCAGGAAGGCCGGGACUUCGUCCUCUUCAGCUGAGCCUGCUGCCAGGUUGUAUCUUCCUGACGGUGUUACUUUUCAGCCAAUUUACCUCGGUUUUUCAACAUAGGAGUGUUCGGGACUCAGUGGUUAUUUCCUCUUCUACAAACACUGUAAGACCGAGCAAGAGCCAGAGUUCUUUCCUGUGACAAGUUUUCCCAUCUACCAGUGCUGAGCGCAGAACUCUGUGGGAUCCCAGUUUUAUUAGGUUUCUUUUGGCCUUUUAUCUACUACACCCUACUACCAAGACUUCAUUACUAGACCUAGGUACAUGACCUUGUGCACACAGCCCUAGCUGCUUUCUUCAUGCUCUUCAGCUCGUAGGGGUCACAGUAGGGGCCAGGUGUGUGCUUGUCUGUGAGCACACAUACCUAAUUGGGCUCCUGCCUAAACAUGCCCAUUGUUGAGUUUUCCUGACUUCUUCACACCUAGACAGACAGAUGCACAGACAGACGCACACACUCAUGAGCUUGCUAUUUGCUGAGCCUAUCCUCCUAGCACCCAGCAUUGCUAACCUGAUGGACCAUCCUGGCCACCCCAGCUGUCAAGAUGAGGGUAUUCCUGGCCACCAGGAACCCAGUGGCAAUAACUGUCUGUGGUUAGGUGGCUGGCCUGGAACAAAACCCUUUGAUCAUUAAAUCUCAGGGAAAGAUUGUCAGCAGCAGGUCUGCUGGAGACCAGUUGGUCUCCAUGUCUUAAAAUUUAAUGUGUGAAAUUAUUUUAAAAAUAAUACUAAAAAUAGUUCAUUCUAUUUCCUAGAAGUUGCCUGCUCCAUCCCAUUAGGUAAGACAGGUUAUCUCAGCUAGGCUUUUUCCUGUCACAACAGAAAAUUCUGAGUCUAGGAGAGGUGUGUGAGACUGAAAUGAAGCAUGAGCCAGGCCUCAGGCAGAGAGCCCUGACACCAGAUCAGCACCACAAACCUCCUGCAGACCUAGGCCUGGAGAGUGACUCCCAAUACGGGCAGCAGCCCAGCUCCAUGAGAUGCAGGCUGUUAAAUGAGUGAGUACAUACUACCACAGGCCUUGAUUGUGAGCCUGGCCACUUUCACCUUUAUGAGCAGUUAUCAAGUCUGUCCCAGCCAUGUGUACAUCCUCAACUCCGUAGAGGUAAGAGUCAUCUCCUUCAUCUGAGGCUGGAGCUUAAUUGAGCAAUGCUCAGCAGUCCUUCCCAGGCCUGGAACAGAGUUGAAAGAGACAGGACGAGGCUACCACAGCAGGACAGUAGGCAUGCAGGCUUUGGGACAGGAGGUACAAGGGAUCCAGGCCUCAGAAUCAGAGUUGCCAUUCCUAUUCCCACAGGGACAAUGGAUUCUGAUGACCUCUUACUCAUUGUGUAGCAUGCUGGUGACUUGGCUGGCUCAGCAUGUGGGAGAGCUGCCUGCCACUGCAUUUGCCCCUCACUUCACACUCUACCAGGAUGUGAGACACCCAUCAUGCUACACAAAUCACUCAGUGCCUUAAAACACAGGAAAGCACCAGGAAUGGAGCCCACAGUGUAUGGUACAUGAUUUAAUGAGAAGUGCAUCUGUGUUAGGACAGCAGAAGUAAAGGCAGUUACUGCUCACUGUGGAUGGCUUCCCAAUCCAUCUAGCAGAAUGUGCCACCUUUCUCAGAGGUCUAUGGCACAAAGUUUCCAUGAUGGU